AUGACAAUUCAUACUGGCGAUAGACUGAAAGCUUUAAGAGCACUAUUCCAAUCUGAAAAGCAACCCAUCGAUGCCUUUUUAAUCCCUUCCGAAGACGCUCAUCAAAGUGAAUACGGUGCCGAGUGCGACCAAAGACGUCAAUGGAUUUCUGGCUUCAAUGGCUCUGCUGGCUUUGCUGUUGUUUCAAACCUUGAGGCCGCUUUGUUCACGGAUGGUAGAUACUUUUUACAAGCAUCAGAGCAGCUGGAUGAGAAUUGGACCUUGAUGAAGCAAGGUCUUCCCGGUGUGCCAACAUGGCAAGAGUAUCUUGUGAACAGAUUACCUUCUGGAUCUCGUAUUGGCUUGGAUGCCUCACUGACAACUGUUGCUGAUGCGCAUGAUCUCAAGGAACGUUUGCAAACUGUAAAUUCGGUGCUCGUUCCUGUCGAGCGCAACUUGGUAGACAUUGCUUGGGGGGACCAAAGACCCUCUGCUCCUCAUGAUAAGGUGUUUGUCCACUCUGUAGAAUUUGCAGGCGAAUCGCACCAAGACAAGCUAAGCAAACUUGUUCAGCACUUGAAGGAAAGGGAUCAGUUUGGUGUCAUUGUGUCUGCAUUGGAUGAAAUCGCUUGGUUGUUCAAUUUGAGAGGUUCCGAUGUGGACUGCAACCCUGUAUUCUAUGCGUACGCUGUGAUCACUCAGAGUCAAGCGACACUCUACAUCAACCCUGAAAAGCUGACAGCAGAUGUACGCCAACACUUGAAGGGCGUCGACUUGAAGCCUUACGAUGCUGUUUUUGACGAUUUGAGAGAGUUCAAGAGCACUUUGGCAACGUCUCACCAGAAAUUCUUGAUUGACGGUAAUACCAGUCUAGCAAUUGAAGAAGCUGUGGGCGCUGAAUUCGUGGUGGAUGAGCGAUCCUUUAUCAAUGACGCCAAGGCCAUUAAGAACGAGCGAGAAUUGAAGGGUAUGCGUGAUUGCCAUAUUCGUGAUGGCGCUGCUCUGGUGCAAUACUUUGCCUGGCUCGAGAAGCAGUUGGCUGCAGGAAAGCAACUGGAUGAAGUGGAAGCUGCUGAUCAUCUUGAAAAGUUGCGUGCUUCUCAAUCAGAUUAUGUCGGACUAUCCUUCCCUACCAUCUCAUCCACUGGCGCUAACGGCGCCAUCAUUCACUAUGAGCCAGAGAGAGGCAAUUGCAAGGUGAUUGAUCCCAAUCAAAUCUACCUUUGCGACUCGGGUGCUCAAUACAAGGACGGUACUACGGAUGUUACUCGUACAUUGCAUUUUGGUACACCCACUGAUUAUGAAAAGGCCUGCUUCACUGCCGUGUUGCAAGGUCAUAUUGCGCUUGACAUGGCUGUAUUCCCUACAGGUACAACGGGUUAUCUUUUGGACCCCUUUGCUAGAAUGCCUCUUUGGAAGCAAGGUUUAGAUUACCGUCAUGGCACUGGUCAUGGUGUUGGCUCUUUCCUUAAUGUACACGAAGGUCCUCAUGGUAUUGGUGUAAGAGCACCCUACAAUAACACGCCUUUAGCUGCUGGCAUGACUGUAACAGAUGAGCCUGGUUACUAUGAAGAUGGAAAAUUUGGUAUUCGCAUUGAAAAUGUGUUGAUUGUUCGCAAACAAGAUACACCCAACAAUUUCGGCGAUCGAGGUUAUUUGGGCUUUGAGCAUGUUACCAUGGCACCUAUUGGCAUGAAUUUGAUCAAUACAAGCUUAUUAUCACCCGCAGAAAAGAAAUGGGUGAAUGACUACCAUCAAGAGUGCCUUGACAAAUUGACUCCUCUCAUCUCCUCUGAUGCUGAUGCUGUAGCAUGGCUCACAAAAGAAACUCGUCCUUUAUUGUAA